GGCGCACUUUCUAGAUACGAUAACACACAUAGCCAAUCGAAAGCGCGCAUCUAUCGAUUUGCGGUUUGCGGUUAUCGUGCAGCGGAAAUCGGAAAAACGUGUGGAAAAGCAUUAGCGAGCAAGAAUGUCUGGACGCGAGGGCGGUAAGAAGAAGCCUCUGAAGGCGCCGAAGAAGGACUCCAAGGACCUGGACGAGGACGACAUGGCCUUCAAGCAAAAGCAGAAGGAGCAGCAGAAGGCUCUGGAGGCGGCCAAGGCGAACGCUUCCAAGAAAGGACCUCUUGUCGGCGGCGGCAUCAAGAAGUCGGGGAAGAAGUGAUACUACCACGCCUCCAUCUGAAAACUGUAAUCCGCAGCCCGUAACCCACUGGAUGCUGAAUUGCCAGCCGAAGCACACCCAUGUGGACCAUAUUGAAUCGUCUAUCCUGCAUAUAGACCCUAAUUCUUUUUAUACUUACGAUUACCAUUAAAUAGAUCAUUGUACGUCAGGA